AUGAAUUCAGAGGAGGAGGAGGUGCAGAAGCAAGAGGGAGAGGAGGACAGCGAAGACAAGGAGGAGCACUUAGAGGAAGAGGACAACGAGGUGCACUUAGAGGAAGAGGACGAGGAGGUGCAGAAGCACAAGGAGAACGAGGAAGGGAAGAGGAACGGGAAGGAGUACGAGUAAGAAAUAGAAUCACUGAUGUCAUCAGAGCUACAAUAGUGGACCAUGUAAUCAACCAUGGCAUGAGCCUAAGGGAAGCUGGCCAACGGGUUCAACCCAACCUGAGCCGCUACACUGUAGCAGGCAUCAUAAGAACAUUUCGAAAUGAGAAUCGAAUUGUUAGACAACCUGUUGCUGGGGGCAGAAGAAGACUAUUCACGGCUGAACAAGAGACCCACAUAGUGAAUAUGGUGCUGGCAAACAACUCCAUAAGGCUACGAGAAAUACAGCAGCACAUAAUAGAGGAUGACACAACAUUCGAACACAUAAAUAAUGUGAGCAUCUCUGCAUUAUCUCGCAUACUGGCACGAAACCGAAUAAGGAUGAAGCAGGUCUAUAGGGUCCCAUUUCAAAGAAACAGUGAACGUGUGAAACAACUGCGAUAUGAAUUUGUGCAGGUAAGCUUACUGUAUCAUUGGUACUCAAUCUGGAAGUGCAUACUGUGUGCUGUGCAUGGGCCUGCUGUGCUGCAUUUGUUUUGUCUUUUCCAGAGAGUGAUGGCCCUAGAGGCAGAUGCCAUGGGUCAUGAGCUGGUCUUUGUGGAUGAGGCAGGCUUUAACCUCAGCAAAACCAGAAGACGGGGAAGGAACAUUAUUGGACACCGUGCCAUAAUCAAUGUCCCAGGACAGCGCGGUGGAAACAUUACCAUGUGUGCAGCCAUCAGUCAAAACGGUGUUGUUCACCAUCAUGCAACUCUGGGCCCAUACAACACUGCACACAUUCUUACAUUCCUGGACACCCUGCAUGACAUAUUCACUCUCGUUCAGAGACCAGAGCCGACCAGAUAUGUCAUCAUAUGGGACAAUGUUAGUUUCCACCGCGCUGUUCUGGUCCGCAACUGGUUUACCGAUCACCCGGAAUUCAUUGUGGUCUACCUCCCCCCUUACUCUCCAUUCCUAAAUCCCAUUGAAGAGUUUUUCUCUGCUUGGCGCUGGAAGGUUUAUGACCGUCACCCCCAUCAGCGCAUAGCCCUUCUACAGGCAAUGGAGGAGGCAUGCGGAGACAUUGACCAGGUGUCAUGUCAGGCCUGGAUACGACACUCCAGGAGAUAUUUUCCCCGGUGCCUAGCAUGGAAGACAUUGCAUGUGAUGUGGACGAGAUUUUGUGGCCAGACCAAGUAAGAAGACAAGACUGAUUUUU